UCGUCUGUGUAAUUGUGUUGGUGCGUGGAUUUUGAUCAUCACAUCGAGCGACAUCCAAAAUAAUCAACUAGUAAAUAAUAGUUAUUUACAAUAUUAUAUAAUUAAAAUAUUAAUAAUAAGUUGUAAGCCAGUAAUCUGGCUGUAUUUAUUUAAUAUUUAACAUAUAAUGAGAAGAUUAAUGAAGGGUAAGCGAAGAAAGUCUGAAAGUCCUAGUGACGCCGAAUCAGAAGAAAAUGGCGACAAUGCGCAUCAAGUUGAAGACGCUGAUCAGCCAAAUAAAUCAGACGAUAAUAAUGAAAGUGCUUCGAAAUCAAAACGCAAGGCGUCACGCGGAAAAGAUAAAACUUCUGCGGAUGAUUCUGAUUUGAACAAAAAUGAUAACGACGCCGAUGAAAAAUUAUCUGAAAUUUCGGCACAGGAAAAUGGAAAUCCCGCCAAGGGUGGAGAUAACAAACGCCGAAAAAAAGAGGACCGUAAACCUACUACUUCUGAGGAAAAUGACAACAGCGAGCAAGAAUAUGAGGUCGAAAAAAUUAUUUCACGGCGUACAAUUAAAGGCCGCAGACAAUUUCUGGUACGCUGGAAAGGUUACGACGAAAGUGCAGAUACCUGGGAAAACGAAAAAGACCUCAAUUGCGAACAGUUGAUAGAAGAUUAUAUGGCUGAGGAGGAAAAUAAUGGCGAUAAAAUUGACCAGACCGAGGAAAAAGCUAAAAAAUCGACAAAGAAAACACCAAAGUCUAAUAAAAAAACAAAAAAGACCAAAGCCACUAAAAGACAACGUGACUCAGAUAAUAAAGAACCCGAAAAUGACGAAGAUGGUGGUACUGAAGAAGAUGCUUCUGAAGAGAAAACUCCUACGAAGCGAGGAAGAAAAUCGAAAGCUGCUAAGCCACAAAACGAUGAUAAUGAGGAUGAAAACGGUGACGAGGAGAAAGAAUUUGAAGUAGAAAAAGUCCUCGACGUUCACUUUAAAAAAAAUAAAUCCCGGGAAUUUUUAAUCCGUUGGAAAGGCUUCACGGCUGCCGAUGACACAUGGGAGCCAGAAGCAAACCUUAACUGUCCUGAUUUGAUAACCAAGUUUAUGGAAAAAGUUGAAAAAGCUCGGUCUACUGAACUACGAGAACUCCGUACCAAUCCUUCGCAUACUAAGCGAUAUACUUUGACAAUGCACAAUAAAGAAAGACGCCUUUCUCGUCGUAAUUUGGGCAAAGAAAGGGCAACAUACCAUGAAUGCGAUGAAUAAAAAAAGAAUGAGUAUAUCAAAUAAUUAGAAUAAGGUUCAUUUCUUUUAAAUACAUGGAUUUAUGUAUGACACCGUAUUUUAAAUUUUGUGUGAUUAACUUUAAAUUGUUUUUUAAAAUAAACAAACUGUAAAAUUUGAUAAGCACUAGAGAAAAAAAAAAAAAAAAAAAUAAAUAAAUAAAUAAAUAAUAAUAAUGAAUAAAAAAUUAUUGCACAAAUAUUUAUAUCGGAUACAUGGUUUUUUAAGUGACUCAGUGGUUAAUGAGGAAAAUAAGUAUAUCUUUUAUUUGUGCAUUAUAAAUUUUUCCAAAUAAGUACAUAAAUAAUUAAUUGCAAUAAAACUUGUGUAGAAUAUAUUUAUAUCAUUAAAUCUCAAGUUCUUAAAUGUUUUACUUUUUAUAAAAACUUGCAAGUUGUCAAAAGCUUACGCACAAAUACAGUCUUUGUAGAAAUAAUUAGUUGACGUAACUAUAAAUAUAAGUAAAAUUGUAAACUCAUCAAUAUUUUAGUAAUUUCUUUAAAAAAAUACAUUUAAAUGCCGAUUGAUGACUUUUAUUGCAGGUAUUUAUAGAAAGUAAAUUUCUUUUUUUCUUUUUAAUAUUAAAUAAUGAAAAGUGUCUCUAUUGAUAUACAUUUAAUAAAUGUUUUGAUUGAAUAUCCAAUCGAAUAUAAGUUUUUUGAUAAAUAAUAAGUUAAGUUUUUUUUUUCUUCUUUUUUUUUUCUUUUUUUCUAAACUGUAGCAAAUUUCAUGUGUAUGCAUAUUAAUUAUAAUAAUAUAAUGUCAUAUGAGUAAAAUUAUAAUUUUGAAUGAAAAAGAAUUAAAGCAAACAAAAAAUUAUAUUAUAAAUAUUUGUUAUGAUAUUGUUUAAAAAUUAUUUUACUUGUUUUGUAGAAGUGUAAAAUUAAAGUUUAACAAUUCUAUAUCCUGACAUCUGGUGACAUGUGUAUAUCGAUGUGUUUUUUAUGGAUUUACAUUAAAAAUACAUGAAAAUCAUAUCAAUUAUUCAUGAAAA